AUGUACAUAAUAUAUUGCUUAAUUGUUUUAUUACUUCCUAAUACUUUAGUUUACAGCAAAAAGGAUUGCUGGAUCAAUUUUGAUGCAAAACAACACUUUGAAGUUAUGGAUGAAUUAGAUGAACGCUAUGCACAAGUAAGAAAAGAUUUUCAAGAUACAAGCGGAGGUAGAAAACUUGAUAAAGAAAUGUUGGUGAUAUUUUUAAAAACCCGCGGUAUAGCCGAGCGCGCCCUCCAUGCAGCCGAAGGAAACCCAAACUUGAUCCCCGCUGGUAUAAAUCUUGGUGGAUAUUGCAUGAUGAAAUUACCAGAUUCAAUCUUACUACUGCUAAAAAAUGUAACCUACAACAUGAAAGGUCGCUACAGGCUAUUAAGACAUAAAUUGAACAUAGAAAUGGUGCUUUCAGAAAUAGAAAUAGACGAUAUUCUUAUGAUGGAAAUAAGGUUGAGGGACGGUGUAUUACGUGGGCUGGAUAGUAUUUACAGGCGAUCAAUAGCCACAGGCACUAAGGAAAACAACAUCCGUAAAAUUGAUACUGUAGUUGCCUUUAGUAACCUAAAGCUCACAUACACAUUUGAUGCAAUACUUAAGUCAGGAUUUCCAGCAGUAACAGGAUCCCUUACUCUAACAGCGGAUGAACUUAGUGCACACAUGAGCCUAUUAUUGCUUAAAAUUCCAGAAACUGCAGAUAUAAGUUUUACCUUCUUGGAACAGACAAAACCCGAGUCACUGACUGUUGAAGGGCCAGCAAAUAGAAUGAUAUCGAACUUCAAAUAUUUACUCGAGCGUCACAUUAUUGCAAUAAUGGUUAAUACUUUGGUCCACAAUAUAAAGAUGCUGGAUUCUUUGGACCGCUGUGUGCCCCUACUACCUCCUCAUAGUAGUAUACAUAAUUCUUAUACUGAUGAUAUAAGUGAGGUAGCAAAUUCUACUAAUAGUAUAGAAGAAGUAACUGAGAAAUCAUUGCAAAACAAAAAUAUUUCCCAAAGUGAACAUGACAGUGAUACUGGGAAACCUUUGGAUGAAUUAGAUACAGACAGUAAUGUUAACACGGUUCCUUCAAAUGAUACCGCUAAAUCAUCAGACGAAAAUUCAGAUAAAGAAAAGGAAGACGUCUCAGAAAAUGAAAAUAGAAAAGCAUCGAAAUUAAGAUAUCAUAGCCGUAUACCAUCACUCAAAACAAAAUCAAAAAAGAACCAGCUUAAACAUAAAAAGCGCAAAACG